CUUCCUUUCCUCUUUUCACACACACUAAAAAGUCCUACAUAGUUCUGUAUCACGUUUUUAAUGCUACCAUUCUCCCCUCCCCCAAUGCCCACACAACUUUUAUCAUCUUGUCUAAAAUUCAGAUCCAAUUGAGGCUUUAAAUCUUGGAGAAGCCUCUCAUUAGAUCUUCAUAUCAAAAGAGUCAAUAGAUUUCAGUACAUAUGGCUCCACUUCCACACUCUUGCAGCUUUACUAAGGUACUUCUAGUACUUUGUCUUGUUUCUGUGUUAUUCACUCUUUCAUUCAUUCCUGCACAUAGUGAGAAUAAUGUUAGAAGCAGAAGAAUGUUGGAGCUAGAAAAUGAGUCAAAGCCAAUUAAGAAGAAAAUCAGUACAACUUCAAGUUCAACUUUACCUUCCAAGAACCAAACCAAACUCCUCAAAUCCACUACUACCUCUUCCAAGAAUCAAACGAAGCAAAUCAAGACUUCUUCUUCUUCUAGCUUUGGUUCUACCAAGAACCAAACCAAGCUUUCAAAAUCAAAACUUUCCAUUUCUGAUUCACAAACCAAGAAUAAAACCAAGCCUAGUUCCAAUCCUAGUACUACCGUUACCAAAUCAGAUAAACUUACCUUCAAAUCUCAGCUCCAAAAGAAGCUCAAUCCCACUCCCUCCAAGUCCAAAAAUUCAACAAAAAUCACUUCUUCCACCCCCAAGAAAUCCUCAGAUCUAACCAAAAAUAUCUCAACCUUUUCUCCCAAGAACAAAACAACCAAAGCCACUAAAACCCAAGUGGAAAAAGGCCUCACUAGUGAGUCCAAAUCCAAAACCCCAAGUAAAAACCAGCCCACUAACAAAACAGCCAAAUCCACUGAACCCCAACUGGAAAAAAAAGACACCAAUGAGUCCAAAUCCAAAACACUAAUUAAUACAAACCAGCCCCCAACAGACAAGAAAACCAAGACACAAGAGACAACACAAAAAAAAUCACAAUACAGCUGGCUUGAAGAUGAUGAAGAUGACUUCAUUUCUGGAUUUACAGAUUUACCCUCCAAAUUUCAAGAAACACUUUUGCCAGAUUUGGAAAAAAUUUCCAAAACCUCACAGGUUUACCUCAACAAAGCAAACAAAGAAAUCACCAAGAACUUCAAACCUUACGUAGGUAACAAAUAUGCACCAACAGUAGCCUCUAUAAUCUCGUUUGCAUUCAUUUUAAUUCCUCUCAUUCUUGUUUCACUCAUUUUCAAUAAAAUUAAAGCCUAUUUUUCACUCCAAAAGCUCUUAAUUUUCAUCCAAGUUUACCUUUCCAUUUACUUCUCAAUCCUUUGCCUUUCCUCUUUAAUCACUGGCUUGGAACCACUAAAAUUUUUCUAUGCAACUGCACAAUCCACUUACAUAUGCUUACAAGUGUUGCAAACUCUAGCGUAUGUGUUGUACCUUUUGAUGUUGCUAAUGUAUUUGAUCUUAGUGUUUUCCACUGAGACUGGGCCUGCAACAAAGAUUAUUGGGCUGGCCCAAACAAUUGUGGGCUUUGCUGUUGGGCUUCAUUAUUACAUGACAGUGUUUCAUAGAGCUGUGUUACAUCAGCCACCUAAGACAAGUUGGAAGGUUCAUGCUAUUUAUGCAACAUUUUUUCUUGUGAUUUGCUUGUCAAAUAGUGCAGAUAGAAGAAAGAAAGCUUAUUUAGUAGAAGGUGGUGAAGUGGAGAAAAAGAGCUAAACUUUUCUCUGUUUACUUUUUGGUUUUUUCACUUAAUGGUCUAUAGUUUUUCUACCCAUAUGGCAAAAAAAGGGGAGAGAAAAAAAAAAGAUUUUCGUUGUCCAACAUUUAAUAUUUUCUUUUUUAUAUAUAUCUUGCAAUUUGUAAUUUAUUAGUAAGAUGUUACUACUAUUAAUAAAUUAUGGAAUUCAUUUUA